AUGUUGAAUUCCGGAAGAAGACAGAGGCUGCUGCGGAUGAUGGGAUUGAUCUUGAUCUGUUCUACGUGGUGUACGAGUGCUGAGACAGCCACAAGACCUCACAUCAUCAUCUUCAUGGCUGAUGACAUGGGAUGGAAUGAUGUAAGUUUCCACGGCUCAGACCAGAUUCUCACCCCUAACAUAGACAGGUUGGCCUACGACGGAGUAAUUCUACAUCAUCACUACGCCCAGCCCCUGUGUACUCCUAGCAGAGCAGCCUUCCUCACUGGCAGAUAUCCUCUUCACACAGGAAUGCAGCAUGGGGUCAUUUUAGAACCUGAACCGUGGGGAUUGCCAUUGGACUACAAACUCCUUCCGCAACACUUGAACACUCUCGGCUACACGAGUCAUGCCGUGGGGAAGUGGCACCUUGGCUACUUCCAGAAGCAAUACACUCCCACGUACCGAGGGUUUAGUUCUCACUACGGUUUUUACAACGGCUACCAAGAUUACUACAAACAUACUGUGCAGGCGUCCUUCACAAACUUUGAGGGCUACGACAUGAGGUUUAACGACACAGUGACGUGGGAGGGAGUCGGCCGCUACUCUACAGACCUUUACACAGAGCGAGCUGCAGAUAUCAUCACGCAGCACAACACUUCUCGUCCUCUAUUCCUCUACCUCGCCCAUCUCGCUCCUCACGCCGGAAACUAUGACGAACCUCUACAGGCCCCAGCGGACCACGUUGAUAGACACAAGCACAUCGCGGACCGUGAGAGGAGGGUGUACGCAGGUAUGGUUAGCAAGCUGGACGAGUCGGUAGGCAAGGUGGUAGGAGCUCUGAGUGCCGCAGGGAUGUUGCAAGACUCCAUUCUUGUGUUCCUAUCCGACAAUGGAGCAGCAACUAACGGACUCCAUGUCAACCACGGCUCCAACUGGCCUCUUAAAGGGGAGAAAGGAACACUGUGGGAAGGUGGCAUCCGAACCGUCAGCUUCGUCUGGUCUCCUCUCAUCAAAGACAAUCAACGAGUCUACAAUAACUUGUUCCACAUCUCUGAUUGGCUGCCUACCCUUUACUCAGCCGCUGGGGGUGAUGUUGCGGAUUUGGGAGAGAUUGACGGAGCAGACCAUUGGCUUGGGUUGAUGUCAGGUACAAGGCUACCACUACCCAGGCACGAAAUACUUCACAAUGCGGACGAGAAGACUGGACUAGCAUCUUUGCGUGUCGGCCCUCUCAAGUAUAUCAACGGAACACAUCUGUUGGGGUUCUUGGACAUCUGGUCAGGGAAAGAUACAAAAUAUCAAAUACCAAUAGAAACUUAUGUUUCACAAGUCUUAGGAAGUGACGUAGCCAACCACCUAUCCAAGAUCCAAUCAGUUAAAAAUACCACAUUAACUAUAGACAAGAUAAAAAAUACAAGAAGUAUGCUUAAAGUUGUGUGUAAGAACAAGAUUAAGAAUAAGAAGAACAAAACCGACCUGUGUGACAAGACUCCGUGUAUAUUCAAUGUACAUAAAGAUCCGUGUGAACAAGAAAAUAUCUAUAUAGUGGUAAAAGAUACUGGGAUCGUAAAAGAUUUUGAAAACCGAUUGCAGAGACAGAAUAGGAAUGCUGUUAAGCCCCAAAAUAAACCUUUGGAUAUCAAAGCGAAUCCUGACUUGCACAAUCACACUUGGAUUAGUUGGCAAGAUGUAAUGUAAAAAAAAGUU